AUGUCAUCAGGGCGUCAAAGUAUUCCUUCGUCACCGACGGCCGCACGCAUCCAAGCAGCGCUUUCCAACAGCAUUAUGAUCAAUAACGCCACACCCACCGCAGAGGCCCAAGCCAAGGACCAACAUAUCUGGCUGGUUACGGGCCCGGCAGGAUGUGGAAAGAGUACUGUCGCAAAGCACAUUGCCGACUCGCUCAAUUUUGAGUUUGUCGAAGGCGAUGAGUUCCACCCCGAGUCAAACGUCGAAAAGAUGAAGAACGGCAUCCCCCUCACCGACGCCGACCGAUGGGACUGGCUCACCGUCCUCCGCGAAGAAUCGAUCCAACGGCUCAGCGGCGGCAAGACCGGUGUCGUCCUCACCUGCUCCGCCCUCAAGCGCAAGUAUCGUGACGUCAUCCGCGUGGCGCCCUACUUCACGCCCAACGUCCACCUGCACUUCAUCUACCUAGACGCCACCGAGGAGGUGCUGCUGAAGCGCGUGGCUGCUCGCCAGAACCACUUCAUGGGUGCCAACAUGGUCCACAGCCAGUUUGAGGUCCUCGAGCGGCCCAAGUCGGACGAGACCGAUGUCGUGACUAUCAAUGUUGACCGCACGCUGGAUGCGGUCAAGGAGGAUGCUCUGGAUAAGGUUGUCAAGACGAUUGGUGAUAUUCAGUCCUCAUGA